AUGCGUGUGCGCCGUGUUGUGUUUGUCGUCGCGACGACUUUCGUCGCCUGUACUGGAGUCGUCACGGAUGCGAGCCAUGCGGACGUUUUGGGCGUACCAGCGGCAGAGUCCAGCCAGAAGACCGGUCCAGCUCCGAGGAACGACGGUGCUCAACGAUCCCUUCGUCACGUCGAGUCCAACGAGGCAACUGCAGGCGAAGACCGAGGUGGUGGUGGUGGUGACAACCCUGAGCUCAUGGCUGAAAGCAUUGCCAGACUUUUGCCUCGGAUCGCUAGCAAAAAAGUGGGAAUGCCGCCUAAGCCACCGUCACCCAUUUCUACCGUCGGCAAAGCCCGGGAUGCCGUGAAAACUACGCCAGCAGCGGCAAGCGAAGGCACCGCAGUGUGGGACGACAAGUUCAUACAGAAUGCACAAAACUUUCACCUGGACGAGCUGAAGGCUAGAAAACGGCCCGUCGAGAAGGCCUCUUAG